AUGGAGUGGGGUCCAGGGAAAACAGCUCAGGGCAGAGCUCGCCUACCCUCAAGCAGGCCACGCGAAAAGCCGCAGCUGUCAUGCAACCUGUGCGGCGAUGCGGCACACCAGCCUCGUGUAACCACACAGGAUCGCAUCCGCCACCUGGAGAGUCUUGUGUUUGAUCUGAUGCAGCAGUCUUCGGUCACCCAAGGCCAGCACGGAGGAGGAACGCCUUUCUCCCCCGUCGGAAGUGCCCGUUUCCCCGUGAACACGGCUGUUGCUACUACAGGAACCGAUUCCGGCAGCAUGCGAUCCACGGGCGGAGGAGCGAACUAUGUGGUGAGUUCGCACUGGGCUGCUGUUCUCGACGGGAUUGCCGAGCUCAAAGAUCAUCUUGAUAGCGAGGAUGAGGCGGUGCACUCUGAUGUACAUGGUGUUGAGUCGCCUACCGCGGAGAUAACUGGCCCCCAGCUGCUCUACGGCUGCCCCAAGCCUGCUAGCAAGGACGAGAUAUUGGCGUCGAUCUUAAGCUUAAGCCGUCCGGUAGUAGACAGAUUGGUCUCACGUUAUUUCAAUUCUUUCGAGAUGUCCCCCGCCGUGCUUCACAGCGUGGAAUUCCUCAAGGAGUAUGAGGAGUUCUGGGAUGAUCCAUCUUCAGUGUCGCCCCUCUGGCUGGGCCUUUUGUUCACAAUCAUGUGCUUGGCAACCCAAUUCGAAAAGUUCCGCCUCGACCCUGGCGUGCAGUCCCCCGCGGCCCUGUCCAUGGAGAGAGAUCUACAGAAGAUGGCGGAUGCGUACAAACUGAGGAUUGGCCAAUGUCUUGUUCUUGGCAACUACACCAAAGGUGGCCCUUACGUGCUGGAGACGCUUAUGCUGUACAUUGCCGCUGAGGUAUUUUCAAGCACGGAUGCGGAGAUCGACAUUUGGAUCCUGACGGGGAACACGGUUCAGAUUGCCCUGCAUAUGGGGUAUCACCGAGAUCCGAAGCAUUUCAAGGGCAUGUCGUCUUUUGCUGCGGAGAUGCGGAGAAGGGUCUGGGCGACUCUUAUCGAAAUGGAUCUUGGCCUUUCUGCUCAGAUGGGACUGCCGAGGAUGAUCAAGCAGUGGCAGACUGAUACACAAGAGCCAUCUAAUCUCCAAGACAGUGACUUUGACAAGGCUACGGUUGAGAUGCCCCCUUCAAGGCCAGAAACAGAACUGACGCCGAUUCUUUACCGUCUUGUUAAAGCAAGAUUGAUGACAACGGUCGGAUAUAUCUGGGACUUUGCUGCUGAUGUCCGGCCGUACACAUACACCGAAGUCGAGAGAAUGGACAGCAAGCUGGAUGAAGCGCGAAAGUCAAUUCCAGAUUGUCUCAAGUGGCAUUCCUUCGCCCGCUGCAUUACGGAUUCGCCGCAGAUCAUUAUGCAAAAAGUUGUUCUAGAGACCUUGGUCUACCGCGCAAAGAUAAUUCUCCACCGAAAGUUCAUGCUCGGCCCCCCAGAAAACUCUGCUGAUUCCAAACGCAUCGUCUUGGAGUCAGCGCUGAAGCUUCUGGAUUACCAACACAUGCUGCAAGAGGAAUCACAGCCCUUCUGUCAGCUCUACCAAGAAAGGUGGAGGGUUUCUUCAUUGGUCAACCAUGAUUUCUUGCUAGCUACGAGCAUUCUGUGCUAUUAUCUGCAGAACACGAAACGCGAAGGCAUGCCGGUUUCUGAGUCAACGCCCAUGGACGAAACCAUUAUGGUGUCCCUCAGAAGAUCUUACGAUAUCUGGCUGCAGUCGAGCGAUUCGUCGAAAGAGGCCAGAAAGGUCGUGAAAGCAUUGAAUGUGGUUCUUGGAGUCAGCAAUACUUCAGGUACGGAUUCAGGGCUCGACUCGAGCAUGUCAUCCAGCGUUCCUUCGGGAUGUGCAUCAUCCACCAUCAACGACUAUCAAUCAGGGGUCGAGAUCCCAGCCGGUCUCGGCUCACAGUUUCCAGUACUCGAUGGUGCGAUGAUGCCGAACUGGGCCACGUUUGCGGAUGAUUUACUGGCGGCACCGAUGGCUACCCCUAGUAAUGAGUGGCAGGCAAUGGAUGCUGCAGAAACAGUGGAUACAAUGGGGUCUUUGGCAUGGCCAUGGAACCUGCAAUGUCAUGCAUUGGCGGAGAAAGUGAAUGAUGAGAGUCUGGACUGA